ACUUUCAUUCGACCAAAAAGAAGAAAACACGUUAAACUUGACGUGGACAAAAGCAGCUGGCCUAUUUUAGAAAGAAGUUCAGCGGCACAAUGUGUAAAAGAUUUAGUUCUACUAUAUAAUAAGUGAUUAAUCUUGGUGAAAUUUAGGGGGCUGAUGUUAAUUUGUAAAAUAACAUGGCCUUAAAACACAAAAUGUAUGGUGUGUGGUGUUUGGUGAUGCUGGCAGCGCUGUGGAGUCCGCCUGCGGACGGUGCUGCGGUGAUAUCUAUCGAUUUGGGUUCGGAAUGGUUGAAAAUCGGGAUCGUGUCACCGGGGGUGCCGAUGGAGAUAGUGUUGAACAAGGAGUCGAAGAGGAAAACGCCAGCGGUCGUGGCGUUCAGAGACGGCGUGCGGACGUUCGGAGAGGACGCCGUGACCGUCGGCGUCAGGUUCCCGAAGAAUUCUUAUAAGUACCUUCUGGAUCUUCUUGGGAAAACGUAUGAUCACCCGCUCGUGCAAGCUUACAAAGAGCGCUUCCCCUAUUAUGAGAUUGUGGAGUCAGCGAGAGGGACUCCUGAGUUUGUCCAUGAUGAGAACACAAGGUUCACACCGGAGGAGCUGGUUGCUCAGUUCUUGGCGAAGGCUAAGGACUUUGCUGAGAUUAACCAUGGCCAACAAAUCAGUGAGUGUGUCAUAACGGUACCUGGCUACUUUAACCAAGCGGAGCGGCGAGCCAUGAAAGAGGCAGCCGGUUUAGCCGGGCUUACUGUCUUACAGUUGAUCAAUGACUACACAGCUAUUGGUAUCAACUAUGGAAUCUUCAGAAGGAAGGAGAUCAACGACACUCCAUGGCAGGCGCUGUUCUUCGACAUGGGUGCGGGCUCCACCAAGGCGGCUCUCGUCGAAUACAAGAACGUGAAGGUCAAGGACCGCGGCUACGUGGAGACUGUGCCGCAAAUGCAAGUUUUGGGCGUUGCUUACGACAGAACCCUCGGCGGCUUCGAGAUCACCCUCCGCCUCCGCGAGCACCUCAUCAAGGCGUGGGAGGCGCAGGGCGGCGGCGACGUGCGCGCCUCGCCGCGGGCCAUGGAGAAACUCCUGCUCGAGGCCGAGAGGCUCAAGAUAGUGCUGUCCGCCAAUACCGAGCAUUACGCGCAGAUAGAGAGCUUGCUGGAUGACAAGGACUUUAAACACUUUGUAUCCCGAGCCGAGCUGGACUCGUUGUGCGCGGACCUGUGGCCUCGCGUGUCGUCGGUCCUCACUCGCGCGGCCGCCGCUGGAGGCGCCACCAGCGCCGCUAGACUAGUGCUGGCGGGCGGCGCCGCUCGCGUGCCGGCCGUGCUCGGGCUGCUGAAGGAGCAGGGCUACGAGCCGAGCCGGUCCAUCAACGCCGACGAGGCCGUCGCCAUGGGGGCCGUCUACAGGGCCGCGUCCCUGGCCACGGGCUACAAGGUGGCGCCGCUGAACGUGAAGGACGCGGUGCUGCUGCCCGUGCAGGUCGUGUUCACGCGCCACGUCGACGGAGCUGACAAAUUGAUCAAGAGAACCCUCUUCAGCCCAAUGAACCCCUACCCACAGAAGAAGGUCAUCACCUUCAACAAGCACACCGACGAUUUCUCCUUUAACGUCAACUACGCCGAACUUGACCAUAUCCCACCCUCGGAGCUCCCCAACAUCGGCUCUCUCAACCUCACACAAGUAGUUCUCAGCGGAGUAGGUGCGGCCCUGCACAAACACACGGGCGACAACGUCGAACACAAGGGCAUCAAGGCACACUUCAACAUGGACGACUCCGGGAUCCUCAAUCUAGUUAAUGUGGAAUUCGUAGCAGAAAAAACCGUUACGGAAGACGAUAAAGACAGCACUCUCUCUAAGCUAGGCAGCACCAUCAGCAAGCUCUUCGGCUCUGAUGAGGCUGAAAAGACGGAAGAGAAGGAAGAAAAGGCACCGGAAGCGGAAAAAAAUGAAACUGCCAACGCUAAUGAGGCUGGAGAUAAGCUGAAUGCUACGGAACCUGAAGCUAAACCUAAACCGAAGAUCGUUGUUCUUAAAGAACCUAUCAAAACUGAUGAACAAGUGUUAGUACUUCAACCACUGACUCAAGAACAGUUCAAAGCUUCGAAAACUAAAAUAUCUGAGCUAGACGCUAUAGACAGGAAACGAGCUGAAAGGGAAUCCGCACUGAACAGUUUAGAGGCGUUUGUAGUUGACGCCCAGAUGAAAAUGGACAUGAAAGAGUUUUCAGAAUGUGGUACCCCUGAACAGAUCGAGGAAGUCAAGAAGUUAUGUUCUGAAACUUCUGAAUGGCUUUAUGAAGACGGUUACGAAGCUCCGACAGAACUCUAUGAGGAGAAACUAGCUUUGAUCAAGGAGAAAACUAAUACUAUCUUCUAUAAGCAUUGGGAGCACAGAGAAAGACCCGACGCUAUUGCCGCUCUGCGCAGCAUGCUCAACACUUCCAAUGAAUUCUUGAAAUCUGCAAAGAAUUUCACUCAAGAAGUCAACCCCGAGAAAGACAUGUUCACUCAGGUCGAAAUCACAGUUUUAGAAAAGAAAAUCGAAGAAACUCAAGCGUGGCUGGACAAGUCUAUCAAAGAACAGAACGCAUUGAAAAAGAAUGAAGAGAUAAAGCUGACUAUUGAUAGCGUAAGAGAGAAGAUGGGCGGUUUGGACAGAGAAGUUAAGUAUCUAGUAAAUAAAAUGAAGAUUUGGAGGCCUAAGAAGCCAAUUAAGAAGGAGAACAAAACUGAGGAAACCAUAGAAGUUACAGACGAAAUAAAAGAAGGGAAAGUAGAGGAAAGUGUUGAAAAGCCAGUGGUAGAGGAGAAUCAAGAAGAGGAGAUUAAAGAAGAGGUAGAAGCGACGGAAACGCCGCAGUUAGGUGAUGGCAAAGACGAACAUUCCGAGUUAUAAUAGUGAGGUUUUAAUUUAGGCUUAUUUAUUUUUUACCUUCCAAAAGUCCAUGCGACUUGUUCGCUUUUCGUAUUACACCUUUAACUACAAUAUUUGCGAUUUCAAUCCAUCACAUUCGGUUACGUAAGGUAAGUGGGAUGGGCUGAUAUUGAGGAAGAAAUCGACCUAAAAUUGAGACCCGUAUGCCCAAGGCAUUUUCAGAAAAAAGUUCGUAAAACUAUCAUGUUUUUAGUUACUAAAGUUGUUAGUUUUUCGAAAACAUUUCAAUGGUACACGUUCUUCUGAAAACUCCCAUUUAGAAGGUAUGAGAGCAUGCGUAUUUUAUUAGUUUCAUUACAUGUAGUUUGUAGUUUACGUAUAGUUUUAUAUGACAUUUAUUUCAGUUUAUAGUAUAAAUAGUAGUGUGUCUACUUUAAAAAACACAAAUUAAAAUAUUUUCAUAGAAAAUAAUUUAAUUUGUUCUUAGAGUAGUUUCAUUUCCUUGCAGUAUCGAUCGAUUUAAAACAUUUGUAUCGUUAUUAUCAUUAUAAUUUUCUUAUCUUAUUUCAAUACGGCCUUGCUUGCUAGUUCUUGCACCUUCUUAAUGAGGCAUUAUUAUACCACUUAGUAUUUACUGUGCGAUCCAAAACCAACAGCCAGAGCUCAACGAGGGAGAGGAGUGUUAGGGUCGGCAACGCGCAUGUAACUCCUCUGGAGUUGCAGGCGUACAUAGGCUACGGAGACUGCUUAACAUCAGGCGGGCCGUAUGCUUGUUUGCCACCGACGUAGUAUAAAAAAAACAUGAUUACACCAGUUUUAUUUUUGCGUGUUUCAAGAUUUAAUGCGAAAAGCGAGCUCAAUUAUUUUAAAUAAAUCUCAAAACUAUAUUUAGCCGCCUUUGUUUCUUCAAAAAUAUCCUUUAUUUAUUGUUGUCUUUGGUUAUUAAAAAAAAAAACUUUUUAUUUUUUUAUUGAGCGCGGCUCCUCUGUCUUGUCUAUCAUAUAUUUAAGCGGCGACCCCGAGCGUACGACCAGAGGAUGUUAUUAUUAUUAUAUUUAUAAUAAAUGUAAUUUAUGUGAUAUAAUAUAAAUGGCUAUAGAAGUAGUUUUCCUGCAAUAGACAGGGUUUGCAUUUAAUUAUUUGGACUAACUUCACCCAAAUUCCAUUAUUCGUUAGUUCCUCAUUUCUAUUGUCCAUUACCUUUUUGUUAUAUUUAAAUUCGUCAAAACUAAAAUUGUUUUUAAAUACAGUUGCACAGAUAUUUUUCAAUAUACAAACAUUUUUUUAAUUUGUGGUAAUAGUACAUCAUACGAAACAGUUGAAAUAUGUAUUUUACGGUAAAAAGUGAGAUAUCUGGUGUAUUUUUUUGACUAUGGGAAGGUUACAAAACGUAAAAAAUUUGAACUGUUUCCAAAUCAAAUCAAAACCAAAAACAAGCGGGCAUCUCGCUCGUUUUUGCCCAGGACGUGCAAGUUGUGGAAUUAGCUACCUUCUGAGGUGUUUCCCUUGCGCUAUGACAUGGGGUUCUACAAGAAGCAGGUAUUUAGGGUUCUCAAAGGUGGGCAACGCAUAAGUGGCUCCUCUGGUGUUGCUUAUGUCCAUGGGCGGCGAUGACUGCUUCCCAUCAGGCGGCUCGCCUGCUCGUUUGCUUCCUAUUACAUAAAAAAAAUCACAUCUGUCACUUAUCAAAUCUCACUACCAUUUUAUCACCAAGUUUCAAAAAUAAAAAGUUAUAUUCAAAAAUAUUUGUGCAUUGCGUAUGUUCUAUUUAUUAUUAAUGAAAUCUGAAAAACUUUAAAAAUUUCGUGUUAUUUUGUAAAAUGUUGUUCAAUAAAAGUUAAACCCCGAUCGCCAAUCUUAUAUAAACCUUUUAUUGUUUAUUUUAUUUUAUAAUACAAUUAGUAAUUGUCCAACUAAAUAGAAUUUACGUUGGCAUUGUCUCAACUGGUAUAGUCCCUUCAGAUAUAUCGGAGCGGCCGUGGUGCUCACAAAUAUCUGAACACUCCAACAACACAACAAGAACUCUCAACAAGAACAAGAGUGAAUAGGCUGUUACUGAACCGGUGAGCUCCAUCUUAGGCCCUGUCUUCACUUUUCAUCAGGUGUGACUAGGGCCAAUCGCCGAUCAGUUUAUAUAAAAAAAAACCCCUAUUGUCAAGGCGUUAGAGUGCGUGUUUAGAUAUUUUUGUGCACCACAGCCGCCCCGAUGUAUCUCAUGGGGACUACACGUAAUUUUAUACAUUUGGCUACCUUUAUUGAACAGCAAUUUAGACAUGUAAGACAUACCAGUGAUACAAGACACUUGAAAUCAAUCGUGGUAAUGAAUUUCACGAAUUAAAACAACUAUUAUGAACUAUUUAGAUAUCUUAAUCCUGGCUAUUCUUUUAAUUAUAUAUUACACUCUUUCUUGGCACAAAAAUGUUAUUUACACCUAGGUAUCGGUUGUACAGUCGCCAUAAGAUAUAUCGGAGCGGCCAAAGCGCUCACAAAUAUCUGAACACGCCUCUUGUGUUCAGAUAUUGUGAACACCUCGGCCGCUCCGAUAUAUCUAAUGGCGACUGUGCAUAAGUUUUAAUUAAAACUUCCAUAAUUAAAAAGAACUGUACAGUCAGUUCCUUGAUUACUAUCCCUUUUUUGUGCGUCGAAUAAAGGUACCAUUAUGUGCGAUACCAGAUUACAUAAUAAAAGAACAGAUACGCCACUCUCAUUCGAACGGGCAACCAUAAGGGAAUAUCAAUUGACCAUGAUCAUUUAAAUGGUGACUGCGAUUAACCAUUAAACGCCAAGAAUAUCUAAAAUCGUCGCAAAUACUAGCUGUUUGCUUAAUUUUGGCCGUUACCUCCCCCCGCACCUCGCGGCGACCCUUAGCACUGUGACAUGACUGUGACGUCAUUAUGCAACGGCCAACUCGAAGUAAACGGGUAGUAGUCAUGAAAAAAGCUUGUGUUAUGGACGUUAUUGUUUUUCUGUUCAUGUAAGAUUUAUUUUGGCUCAUUUGCGACAAUCUUAUUAUCAUGUGUGUAACCGUUUGUAUAUUAUGUAUAGCAAUAGAUAAUAACGUGACAUUUUGCAUGUAAAAUGAAUCUCGUGAGUUCACGAUAUUGUGCUUGUAUGGUAACUUCGUAAAUACCCCGAUUUUAAAACGUAAACCGAUGUUAUUCGUCAUUUAUUAGUACUCCAACGUUCCUCGCAAACAAAAAUUAACAUUAUUUACAUAUCCGGAGAGCUGGAUUUAACAUGCGAAGUAAAAAUAGAAUAGAUUAGAAUAUAUUUUAUUUGUAGUAGAUAAUUGUACAUCGUCAUAUUCAGAUAUUAUUUGUGCCAUUUUCAACCAAAAGGGUACUUAUUGUCGCUUGUCAGUAAGGCGCUAUUUCCAUAUAGCUUCAAAUAGAAACCAACUUUAUCAACAAGCGACAAUGUGGUACCUUUUGGUUGAAAACGUCACAUUUAUAAGGACGUAUCUAAGAGAAAAGAUGGUUGACUGUUGUGUUGAGGUUGUGUAUGCUCAACUCUGGGGUCGAAGGGGAGUUGAGUGUGGCGUAUCUUCUAUUGUGGUAUUAUGUAAUCUGCGACGUAUUUAGUGAUGUAAUAGUAGGGUAAAUACCCAUUGAUCGUCAUCGAAAAUGCCAUUCAUUGGCACCCAGAUUUCAUAUGAAUAAUGCCAAUUAUUAGGACGACGCUAAUAGAAAGACCUAUCCUAUGAAAUCGAUUGCUAUUAAGAAUAUUUUUACACGUACAAUGCAAAUGUUGACAUUAUAAAUCUGUCUGUAGCAGAAAAACAGUGUGAAACAAAUGUAUGAGUUUUAAAGAGUGUACCUAACGUUUAAGUGAUAUUUCUUUAUGUCCAGUCGCAAAAGGAAAAUACAUGAUACAAUGAAGUA